AUGGCCAGAUGUCAGGCACUGACAGUUGUGGUGAAAAUGUCAGGACCAGCUUCUAUUUUUCUAAAUUUUGUUCCUCCAGUUUCCUGGGCAACUCUGGAUCCUGACAAGUGGGAAUAUGAAGAAACUGCUUUAAAAAGGAAAAUUACAGUAGAACCUCAGAAUUACGAACAGCAGAGUUAUAAACUGACCAGUCAAUCACAAAUCUUAUUUGAAGCUGGAAGUACGCAGCCCAGACCAUAUCUGUUUAAAGAAGAGCAUAUAUUUCCUACACUCAAUGAAAAUGUUCCAGUAGUUAUUCUUUAUGCAGAAAUUGGCACAAAAGACUUUGUUAAAUUUCACACAGUUUUGUCUGAAAAAGUGCAAAAAAAAGAAAUUGUUUAUAUUCUCCGGCAUUAUGUUCAGAAACCAAGCUCCAGGAAAAUGUAUUUGUCUGGAUAUGGUGUGGAACUAGCUAUAAAGAGUACAGAAUACAAAGCAGUGGAUGACAUUCAGAUUAAAGCCACAAAUGACACAACGGAAAAGGAAGAUGACGAGGCAAGUGAAAUCCAAGGGUUUCUCUUUGGCAAAUUGAAACAAAUGUAUCCUGACCUUAAAGAUAAUCUGAAGGAGUUCAGAAAACACCUAAUUGAAAGUGCUAAUAACUUGGAACCUCUGAAAGUUUGGGAGUUACAAGAUUUAAGUUUUCAAGCAGCUUCUCAAAUUUUCUCCACCCCUGUUUAUAAUGUCUUAAAGGUAAUUAAAGGCAUUUCUCAGAACUUCCCAAUAAAGGCCAGAUCUUUGACCAGAAUUCCUGUUAACCAGCAAAUGCGAAACGAGAUAGAGAAAAAUCAGAAGCAUUUCCAUGAAAAACUCAGAAUUCAGCCUGGAGAAGCACGUUUAUUUCUAAAUGGCCUUCCUAUUGACCUGGACAUUCAUGAUCCAUUUAGUAUUUUGGAAACUCUGAAACUGGAAGGAAAAGUGCUUCAUGGACUUCAUGAACUUGGAAUCAAAGAGGAGGCCUUCAACAAAUUUAUUAGAUUACAGAUCCAUCCUGUGGAUGACAUUUGUGCAUUAGAUAUCCGUCACUCUUCAAUAAUAUGGGUUAAUAACAUAGAAGAAGAUAACAUCUAUAACAAAUGGCCCACAAGUUUUAAGGAACUGCUUAAGCAGACAUUUCCAGGAGUUAUACAGCAGAUUAGGCGCAAUUUGUAUAAUUUGAUACUGUUUAUUGAUCCUGUCCAGACACAUGCAGUUGAUUUUGUGAAACUAGCAGAAUUAUUCUUUCAUCACAAUAUACCACUUAGAGUUGGAUUUGUUUUCAUCCUAAAUACUAAUGAAGAAGUUGAUGGGAAUAAGGAUGCUGGAGUAGCUCUUUUUAGAGCUUUUAACUAUAUUAGAGAAGAAUCUGAUACCACUCAAGCUUUUAUCUCCAUGAUAAAUAUGUACCAUAAAAUGAAAGAUGGAGAAGUUUUCACUGUUAACCAUGUGAGGAAUGUUCUUAGAAAUGAGUUCCCUCAUGCUGAUAUUCAGAGUAUACUGGGUGUUGAUUCUGAUUAUGAUGACAAAAGAAAGGCAGGAGCAACCUUUUAUAAAAAGACUGGCCUGGGCUCAUUGCCUCAAGCUCUGUUUAAUGGUGUGCCCUUUAUCGGUAAAGAGAUGACUGCUGCAGAGUUAGAGACAGUUAUUCUCCAGAGGAUCACUGAUGCCACAGGGUUCUUCCAGAGAGCAGUUUUCAUGGGUUUGCUAAGUGAUCAUAUGGAUGCAGUAGAUUUCCUCUUGGAUCAGCACAAUGUAGUUUCCCGUAUAAAUCCCACAGUUCUUGACACUAAAAGAACAUAUAUAAAUUUCAUAUCUACAUCAGUUCCUGUUGGUGUGGAAGAUUUCUCCACUUUCUCCUUUUUGGAUGCACAAGAUAAGAGUGCUGUAAUUUCACAGAACAUGAAAUACUUAUCAAAAAAGGGUGAAGAUGUAAUAUAUGCAGUUACCAUCUGGAUUGUUGCUGAUUUUGACAAGCCAGGUGGAAGACAUUUGCUUUCUAAAGCUUUGAAACACCUGAAAACAAGCAAUCAUAUGCGGCUAGGGAUUGUGAACAAUCCAAUGUCAAAAAUAAUGGAAGAUAACACAGCCAUUGCCAGGGCAAUUUUGACUGCCUUUUUAACGCAGAAAAACAGUAACUUAAAAAGUUUCCUAAGUAAGAUAUCUAAGGAGGAGACAGCAAAAGCCCUUGCUACAGGAACUAAAAUUAAGAAAUUGCUUGUUGCGGGAAUGGAUGACAGUACUUUUGAGAAGAAAUACAACACUAUAGGACUGGAUAUAAUUCAGACUCACCAGCUAUUCUGUAAAGAAGUUCUUAAACUGCUUCCUGGGCAAAUGGCUGUUGUCAGCAAUGGUAGGGUCCUGGGUCCUUUGGAUGAAAAUGAAUUCCAUACUGAUGAUUUUCAUUUGUUAGAAAAGAUAACAUUUAGUACCUCAGCAGAGAAGAUUAAAGGCAUUGUCAAAGAGAUGGGGAUCAGCUCGCAGCGUGGUAGUGAUUUGAUUAUGAAAGUGGAUGCCCUACUCUCUUCAUUGCCUAAAAGAGGCGUUAGACAAAAAGUUGAGUUUCUCAAAGAGCAACACAGCGUAGUAAAAAUAGAUCCUAAAGAGAAUGAACCAUUCUAUGAUGUUAUUGCCAUUGUUGAUCCUUUAACAAGAGAAGCACAGAAGAUGGCACAUUUAUUGAUUGUACUUGGAGAUAUUGUCAACAUGAAACUGAGGCUGUUUAUGAACUGUAGAUCUAAGUUGUCAGAAGUUCCUUUGAAGAGCUUUUACCGUUUUGUUCUGGAGCCAGAAUUGUCUUCUGGGGCUGACAAACUCUUUCCUUCUGGACCUGUGGCAAAGUUUCUAGAAAUGCCAGAAACACUACUUUUGACUCUAAACAUGAUCAUUCCUGAAAGCUGGUUGGUUGAAGCAGUAAACAGUUCUUAUGAUCUUGAUAACAUUCAUUUACAGGAUGUAGAAGGAGUUGUUACAGGAGAAUAUGAACUAGAAUAUCUCCUACUUGAAGGACAUUGCUUUGACGUAGCCACUGGACAACCUCCUCGGGGAUUACAGUUCACUCUGGGCAUGAAGAAUAAUCCUGUUAUGUUUGACACCAUUGUGAUGGCCAAUCUGGGGUAUUUUCAGUUGAAAGCAAAUCCAGGAGCGUGGACACUGAGAUUACGCAAAGGAAGAUCGGAGGACAUCUAUCACAUAUUUGCCCAUGAAGGAGCAGAUUCUCCAGUCCACAUGGAAGAUGUUAUUGUGGUAUUAAACAACUUCAGGAGCAAAAUCCUCAAAGUCCAAGUACAAAAAAAACCUGAUAAAGUUGAUGAAGAUCUCCUUAGUAUUGGGGUUAUAGAAGAAAAAGGAGCAUGGGAAUCCAUUACAAGUUUUUCAGGGGAUAUUCAAACAGAAGAAAAAGAGAAGAAAAACAAUGUUCUAAAUAUUUUUUCAGUUGCUUCAGGACAUUUGUAUGAACGCUUUUUAAGAAUUAUGAUGAUUUCUGUUCUGCGUCAUACCAAAACACGAGUUAAAUUUUGGUUUCUGAAAAAUUAUCUUUCUCCUAUGUUUAAGGAAAUUAUUCCUCACAUGGCCAAAGAGUAUCAAUUCCAGUAUGAACUAGUACAGUAUAAGUGGCCCCGCUGGCUUCAUCAACAGACUGAAAAGCAAAGAAUUAUUUGGGGUUACAAAAUUCUUUUUCUGGAUGUUCUUUUUCCAUUGGCUGUGAACAAAAUAAUAUUUGUUGAUGCUGACCAGAUUGUGAGAAGUGAUCUUAAAGAACUUCGAGAUAUUGAUCUAAAUGGAGCUCCUUAUGGAUAUGCUCCCUUUUGUGACAGUCGCAGAGAAAUGGAUGGGUACCGUUUUUGGAAAUCAGGAUAUUGGGCAUCACAUCUAGGAAGAAAGAAGUAUCACAUAAGUGCCUUAUAUGUUGUGGAUCUUAAGACAUUCAGAAAGAUUGCUGCAGGAGACAGACUUCGGGGCCAAUAUCAAGCUCUCAGUCAAGAUCCAAACAGUCUAUCAAACCUAGAUCAGGAUCUUCCCAAUAAUAUGAUUCAUCAGUUGGCCAUUAAGUCUCUCCCUCAAGAAUGGCUCUGGUGUGAAACCUGGUGUGAUGAUGAAUCCAAGAAGAAGGCUAAAACAAUUGAUUUGUGUAAUAACCCCAAAACCAAAGAACCCAAACUACAGGCUGCAUUGAGGAUAGUCCCAGAAUGGGUUCAGUAUGACUCUGAAAUACGAAAGCUAAUAAAGCAAAUUGAAAAAGAGAAGAAAAACUUGACUCAUACAUCUCGAAAAGUUCUUAAGCAUGAUGAACUUUAGUGUCGUUUCCAAAAAGUAGGUGUGAUGGCACAACCGAAUUUUCUUCGUGACAUGGAGUGGAACAUAUACAUACAGCAGAGACACUAUUUUGAACAUUUCAUCAAGUGUGAAGUCAAAUAUUUUGUAACUAAUAUGUUGCUGAAAACAUUCAAUCAGAAUGAGAAGAACAGAUAUAAAAUCAGAUGUAAAAUCAGUAUAUUAAGAUUGUAUAGUUUUGUUUUUAUCAAGGUAGGUGGGGUUUCCUAUUUUUUUAUUGCUUUUCCCUUCAGGAUGGGUGGAUGUUUAGGACUUGGUCCUGUAUCCCGCCCAUACCCAAAACUCCCAGUUUAUAAAAAAUGCUGGAUUGGACCCUUUACAUUUAAGUUGUAAGAGGGUUUUUUCAGAUUGGCUGGUUGUACUCAAAGUAUGUUACACACCAUCAGGCAUUUAAAGAGAUACUUGAAAACAGUUUGUAAUGUUUUGAUUUCCUACACAAAAUCAAAGUUGUGCAAACUUUGUAGUAUAAUGUACAGCUUUUUCUUGUCUAGAAAAUGUUUCCCAAGAACAAUUCAGAGCAUUGCAAGGGCCAGUUGCAAAACAUAGUUUAUUACUGAAAUCUAGCGCUUUUAAAUUUAUUUUAAAUAUUUUUGAUUGAUCUGAAGUUUUUGGAAGCAGAUAUGUCUUUUUUUCAUAUAUUGUGCAAGCUUGAUGCACUAAAUUAUCCAUUUUAAAAAGUCAACUAAUAGGUGUAACGUGUCAUUAUUUAUAAUUUCAGUACAGUCUGGUUUUUUAUAUGUUCACUUCCUUUAUCAUAUUUGAAAUACAGUACUAUAACUGUUACUGUGUUCCAUAAUUAUUCUAUCUGAAAACAAGAUCUGAAAACAUUCAACAGGGAAUUAGGAUAGUUUUCAGAGAUUGGAGCAGUGUGUUUGAAACACAGAAUCUAUAAACAUUUAAAAAUAAUAAACUACAAUGAAACAACUAUCUUACAUAAGGCCAGAUUCGAUUGUUGAAUAUAUGUACACAUCUCCCAUUUAUUCAAUAUAUGUAAGAGAACAAAUGAUACUUUAAAAAGGAAACAACUUCCUAGUCAAGCUUUUGCUGUUGGUUUUUUUUGUUUUGUUUUCUUUUUUGAGAUUUUACUUAUGCCCCUUUGCACUAAUGUUUUGCAAUGGUUUCUUUUUUAGAAUUUCCAAGUUUCAGAACUCUUGUUAAAUGAAAAGCUAAACCCCUAUAUCUUUAAAGUAAACCUUUGUCCCUGUUAGCAUUAUUCCUUAGCUGGCUAGGAAAUUUCUCUUACAAAGCCAUAAAAGAUUGAUAAUUUGUUAUUUAUAGAUAUUUUUGAUUAAUUUUGUGAAAUCUUCUAGUCAGCAUCCCAUUUCAUGCAAAUAAAUGUUAAGAAAAAAGAUCAUAGUUUUAUUAGAGAUGGUGUUUAAAUGAUACCUGUUAUCCAAAAUAAAUAUAAGUUGAUGGAACUGUUUUAAAGAUUUAAUGGGACAGAUACCUUUUAUUUUCUCCAGUGUCGCAUGUGUUUAUAGGUGAUAUUUUACAUCCUUUCCUUUUCUGUUUUUAUUUAUUGAAGCAUAUUUUCAAGGCCCACUAAUAUGAAACCUUCAGUGUGAAAUGUUGUUUUGCUUGUAAAAUAAAGGGCUCCAAUAAAUACA